GCCUUUGAUGUGUGAGUGGUUGGUGUUUCCUUCUCUCCCCUUCCCCUCUCCCUCUCUCUCUCUCUCUCCCUCUCUCUCUUUAUUUUUUUCCAUGAAUUUCUCCUUGCUGAUUAAUAAUUUCGUCGCUCCUAUCUUCUCUUGCUGCUGCGUGGAGGAGCUAGGAGGGAGAGAGAGAGUGGGAUAGAGAGAGAAAGUAGCCGCAGCCGCAGCCGCAGCAGCAAAGCCAACAAAAUCAGCAGCCUCCUCUCCAUUUUUCUCCCCCCUUUCUCCUCUCUCUCUUCCCCUCUCUCGGCUCAUCUGCUCUUCAAGCGCUCUCGCCUCAGUCCCCUCCCCCCUCCCUCCCUCUCUCACGCCACCAAAUCAAGGCCAGUCGAUCGGCUCCCGGCCGCGGAGCUCGUCGGCUACCCCCCCCCUCUCACCGCGUGGAUCUGCCGGCGGGGAUGGCCGGCGUGCUGGGGAGGAACGGAUGCGAGGAAAGGUGGCUGAGGUGGUAGUGGGUGACCAAGGAAGCAAAGUUUCUUGCUUUCACCUGGUGUAAUUACCAUCCUGUUAUGCUGGAGGCCAAGGAUAAGAGCAGGCCCAAUUGCUUCAGAGCUCUUGGGUUCUUGGUGCCGACUGUAGCAGCAGCAGCAGUAGAUCUGGGGCGGUCAGCGAAGGCGUUCAUCAGAUGUUAUCCAGUGAGGAGCCUUCAGGCCCCUCUUGCUCCUCCAAGUCCUUUACCCAGCAGGGCGUGAGCGCUGCUCCGGCGACGUCCCCCGGCGAGGCGCCGGCGUGCCAAGAUCCCACAGAUCUGGUCCAACCGUGCCCCAAGUUCUCCAUAAGAGAUUAUGUUUUUGCUUCGAGGAGCAAAGGGAUCAAGAGAAGCUGGCCUUUCCAUCAACGAUCGCUGCAGCUUUGCCUGAAGCGUGGUGUAAAGGAUCUGCUACCACCAUUUGAACCUCCUGAUUCGAUUCGAUCCCAGUCUUUGAAUACUUCCAUAAACGUUGAGCGAUCUGCUACAUGUUCAGAAGCCAAUGCUUCUGAUGGUCUGGUGAAGACUAGAGAUGAUGGUUCGUCUAAUGUGAAUGCAAGCAAUAUCAGUUUCCAGUCAUGCCAACCAGUAACUGAGUCACUUGGUCCUUCACAGUAUACCUCACCAGAGGAUGGGAAAUCUGCUCUUGACCAAGGAGAAAAUUCGAAUGAAUUGGAUCACAAUGAUGAGGUUAUACCAGUAGAUCUGCAAGUUAAUAGUUGCACCAAAGCAACUCGGCAAACCGAAGGUGCUGUAUCCUCUUGGCGAUCGAAAAACAUUGACUCUUCGCGUGAGCCAUCAGAAAAGAAGUGUAAGUUAGUAGUCAAACUAGGCUCCUUGACGCGGGCAGAAGAGGUGGCGUCUAACUCUAGCACGGUUUCAGACCCAAUGGCUUCAAAAACUUGUCCUGUUUGCAAAGUGUUUGCCUCUACAUCGAACACAACCUUGAAUGCCCAUAUGGACCAGUGCCUUUCUGUUGAGUCUAAUACUGAGCCAGUGGAAACAGUUAUCAUGAAGCCUAAAGUGAAGCCAAGGAAGAAACGACUGAUGGUGGAUAUUUAUAGGACUGCUCGUCUGUUCACUCUUGAGGACCUUGAUAGGAGGAAUGGCACUAAUUGGGCUAUCGAAUUGGCCGCGCCUACCACUAACAAGGAGGUGUGCACUGAGAACCGUAGCCCAGAAGUGGUACCAUUUGACCCAAGAGAAGAAGAAAGAGAAGGCGAUGUCUAUGUUGAUUCCAAUGGGAUAAAAAUUCGGAUUUUGUCCAAGUCUAGUGAAGCAUCUUUGGUGUUGAAGGACGAACAUAAUUCAAGGAAAGUUGCCAAGAAUGAGACUGGAAAAAGUAUAUUGAUGAGCAAGUCGUGCUUGAAAUCCAAAAUAUUUAAGAAUAAGAAGAUCAAGAUUCCAGGAAAGAAGCACAAACAACUUAACCGAUCGAAUACCCAGGUUCGAUCACAUACAAAUGGGGAUAUGCAUGAGCACACCUCUGAGGAGGAAGAGGAGGAGUCCGCUAUGCAUGUGCAGAAACCUACUGAAAGCACAAGUUAUGGUUCCGAAACUAUAAGGCAAUGGGUGGGCUCCAAACGCUCAGAUCUCUCUAAGAAUGGUGCCCGAAAACUUACUGAUAAAGCAUAUAAGAGUAUAGCACCUGGAACCAAGAAGUUGGCUAGGAACGGCAUGCAUGGUUUUGACGAUUCUCAAAUAUCAGACAGUCCUCCUGAGGCUUUAUCUUCGCAACCACCAGAAGAGAUGGUGACCACUUCAGAAGCUAAUGAUGAUGAUCAGAACGACUCUUCGAGAUUGCUCAGAUCAAUUCCUAGAUGGUCUUCAAAAACCACUCCAUCCAGCAGUGUUAUACCAAAAGUACCUCGGUCUGCUGCUGCUCUUGCCAAGAGGAAAAUAAAGGAGAUUGGAAGGAGAGAGGCUUACAGGUCUGAUAAAUAUGAUACAGUGAGGAAUUCCACCUCGAUCAGAAGCUCUGUAUGUCGGGGCCCUUCCUCCUCUGUUGCAGGGCUGAGUGAUGGCUCAAAUAGGGCAGCAUCUACCAAGAAGUUCCGGAAGAACAGAUCUCUGUUGAGGACUGGCAGGCGUGAAUUCUCAGCUUCUAACAGUGGGUUAGUUCAUAGUUUUGUUCAAGACCAUGGGCCUAAUCCGAAUCAUAUAAACAAGAAGUUCAGGGAUAGUAACAAGAAAAUCUCCAAGAAGCUUAAGAAGCACACUCAAGAAGAUACUGCAGAUAAUGAUUUCUCUUAUGAAACUGAUGUACCAGCACUGGGACAAGGGUAUGAUCAAUAUGAUGUGGCACAGCAAGCAGGAAGUGCACAGAUGUAUGAUCAAGGUGAAGAACCUGAAACUGAAAUGCAACGUGGAUCAGCCUCCAGAAGUAAUCCUGUGGACUGCAGCAAUGAAAUGAGCAGUGAUUCUUUGAAUCCGGAAAACAACGAAGCAACAGAUGAUGUUUUGGCUGAAGGCUGUGGUGUAGCAAUGGUGGAUCCAUGCUCUAAUGAGAAAUCUGCACAUCAUGCUCAUGCACCCAACAUUGUUGCCAAUAAUGAUGUGGAGGAAUGGCAAAUAGAUCCAUCUUCAACUAAGGAAUCUAGUGCCUGCUUGACUAAUAAUAGGGACAUGGGUCUUGGAGUUCCUCAGGAUAACUCAUCAAUUACAUCAAACAGAGAAGAUUCUACCCUAGAUCAUGGUUUGGUUUUUGAUCGUGGCUCAUCUGACUCCCCAAUUUCAACUGCCUCGACAAUGUCUCCUUCAACUUCUUUGAGGGACUCAAGGAUUAAGUGGUCUGAACCAGGUCUAACCACUGUUAAUUCUAGGGCUGUUGAAGAACAGAUUUCUGGGAGCUUAAAUCAAGAAACCAGGUCAACACCGCUUGCAAGAGAAUGUGAACAGUUGCCUGAGAAGCCCUGUCGUUGCACUUGUCGGGAGAGCACUUCCAGGGAGUCUCCGGUGCACCAUGAAAGUGCAACAACCAGAUCAGUGCCAACUUUUAAUGGAAGGCAGGUUCCGCAGUUGAACAUAGGUUUACGGGCAUCAUCAUCGUUCAGCACGUACCAAAGAACCAGCACAAAGGCAAACCCUUCCCUAGAUUCACAUGAUCAAACAUUAGCUGGUAAGGUUUCAGCUGAGCCUACCAUGAGCCACCCAUCUUAUACAACAGACUGUAUGAGCCCAUCAAUACAAACUCAGCUUCCUUCACCAUCAAAUCCUAUUUUGAGAUUGAUGGGCAAGAACCUGAUGGUGAUGAACAGUGAGGAGAGUGGGCAUCCUCAGGCACCUAGUUCAGACUACAUGAUGAGAGGAAAUUACAUGGCACCUGGUUGUUUUGUGCCUCAAAACUACCAACAUAUUGGUGAUCCUGCAUUUAUGAACACAACUCCAUCAACAGCCAAUCACCAAAUUCCUCUAUCAAGUGUACAAGCUGGCAACUUUUCUGGGCCUCCACUGCAUAAUGGUUCCAUGGCACAACCUGAUUAUCAUUCUCCACAGAAGCCCUACAGGAAUCUUGUUCCAGUCAUGCAUCACCCAUCAUACAUGAUGAAAGAAGUAAUCAUGAUUAAUGACUCCCCUGACCACAGAAGCAAUCCACAAAUCACUAUGAUGCUUCCCUCUGCUCCUCCUCCAGCUACAAUAGCGGUUCCAAAUACUGUGGCAUCAAGGCCUUUUUACUGCCUUCCAUCCCAAAACCAGCUUUUGCAAAGGGAGAGUGCUGUUGGACCCCUACCUGUAUUCACAAACAUUAGCCCAAUGGUUGGUGUUAGCCCAUCGAGUCAAGGAAGCAAGGCGGAAGUAGCACAUCCUUACAUGUCAAAUGCAUUCUAUGUGCAAUCUCCAGGUGGUUUCAUAAACCCAUCGGUCUACUACUCGCAAAAUUUAAGGUGAUGAUUCCUCAGUAACUCAAAUGAAGAAGAGAAUUCUAUUAGCUUCUUGGUCAUCAAUGCCAAAGUGGGAAUAAUGAGAGCUUUGUGAUGAGUCUAAAAUUCUGAGAUUAGUGAACCUGCAUAAGAUGCCUGACUUUUCACGAGGAUUUUUCACAUAGGUUGCCUCUUUAGUUUUUGGUUUCAGGUAAACUUGUUUGCCUUCAAAGUACUUUGAUUACAUCCUGCAAAGUUCCAGUAAGUUAUAGUAUGGCAUUGUCCAAUAGUGCUCAAGGAUAUACCUCACUAUUUAUCGAAGAAACUAAUAGCUUACAUUGCAGCAAAAGUUUUUUUUUUCCCUUU